GCAGCCCGCUCCGGCUGCUGCACCUGGACAGGUGACAUUCACCAUCAUCACCCUUUUCCUCUUCACCAUCACCCUCAUCAUCGUCAACACCACCACCAUGAACAGCAUCUCUUUCUCCAUCAAAGCUCUUCAAGUUAUGUAAAGGCAGACUUUCAGGCAUGCAGUUUCAUUCCUGGAGAUGACUGUCAGCUGCUUUCCCUGCAUAGCCACCAUCACAUGCCUCACCACUGGAGCCUGGGAAGCCUGACCACAGGACCGGCAUCUCCAAGGCAUGAAUAAUUAGGUAGGCAUAAUGGAAGGCACUCACUGCACCCUCCAAUUGCAGAAGCCCAUUACCGAACUCUGCUACAUCAGCUUCUAUCUUCCAAGGGGGGAAGUCAGAGGAUUUUCAUACAAGGGCACCGUAACUCUAGACAGAUCCAAUAAAGGUUUUCAUAGUUGCUACCAAGUCAGGGAGGGGGCAGACAUCAUUAGUCUCAGCCAGCAGCCGAGCGAGCAUCCAGGCGACAUAUUCUUCAAGCAGACUCCCACAAAAGACAUUCUAACUGAGCUGUACAAGCUCACGGCGGAGAGGGAGAGACUGCUGGCGGAUCUGCUGAGCUCAGACCACAUCCUGGGAAUUACUAUGGGGAACCAGGAGGGGAAACUGCAGGAGCUGUCUGUGAGCCUGGGCCCUGAGGACAACUGCCUUCAGAGUGCUGGCACCUGGCGGGGGGAGCUGCCUGGGGGCUCUCUCAAUAAGAGGAGCAGCCACGGGAACAAGAAGCCCCGGAGGCCUGGCGGAAGGAGGGAGCUCGUGGAGGCACUCCCACAGAAGAGGACAAGAAGAAAAGGGCGUGGGGAUCAGGAAUCAGCUCCUCGGAUGGGGAAGGACCAGAUCUGUUCCAACAACUCCCUUCCUCUUUCUCGAGCCAGGCCUCAUGUUCGACUCCUAGAGGAAAGAGGAAAUCUGCUCCCAAAUGGGACACUUAUGUCUUCCCUGCAGAGGACUGAGAGCUGCCCUUCAGAUAGCCCCAGGCCAUCGGAUGCAGAUCUUGGCUCUGGGAACUCUGGGAUGGUCUCUGAGGACACUGGGCUGAGAAGAGGAGCGCUUCCUCCUGACCCUAGCUCCCCAGAGAAGGGAAGCGAUUGUGUUUUGGGGCUGCCAAGGAGGCCUCAUGGGCUGAAGCAUCUGCAGACAGGUGGGCCUGAACAUCCCCAGGACCCUGAAAAACGUCCAGAUGUAGAGAGGGGCAGGAGAGUGAAAUCAACCGAGCGGACUUGCAGGAAGAGACCUGUUUCUAAAGUGGUGGCCAAAGUCCAGGAUCUGUCUGCUCAGGUGCAAAGAGUAGUUAAGCCACGUCCUGAUGUGGAGAGAGGCAUUGCUGUUUGUCAGGCAGCCCAAGCUGAGUUCAUACCCAAGGCUGGGGCUCCUGGUUCCAGGCCACAGGACAAGGAGCAGCAAGGGGAUGGGUCCUUACAGCACUCAGCCGGAGAAAGAACCCCCAUUUCUAAUCCACCAGCCAGUGCUGAGGGGGCUGUGAACAAGGUCCUCCUGAAGGUGAUAGAGAGCGAGAAGUUAGAUGAAGCCACAGAGGGGAAAAGGCUGGGCUUCCCCCUCAGCACCAGAGUCACCCCCACGCCCCCAGGAGCUAGACGCAGGAGGAAGGCUGAGCUGCCCUCAAGAGCCCACAAAUCUUUGUUUCCCGAUCUGCCCUGCAGUGUAGCUCCUGACUCCUCACAGUCCACAGGUGACGAGAGGAAGCCAUCUGCCCCAGGACUGGCAGCUCCCAGCAUGGUACUUAAUAAUUCAUCCCCAGAGUCCAGCACACACAGACGGCCGUCACCUGCUCCUUUGCCUCUAUCUCCAAGGCUCCCCAGUCCUCGGGAGCAUCACAGGAUUCUCCGGCUCCCGUCACAGCCUGGUGAGAGGGAAGCUGCUUUUAAUGACACUCCAGGUGGAAAGAGCGGUGUCAUCUCUGGGUCCCCCUCUGCUGACACCUUGGAGCCACCAUCCUCUGCAAAGGUCACGGAGACCAACGAAGCCAGGCCGGCCUCCCUCAGAGCAGGCCCACCUCAGUUGUUGCCUGGGGAACCUUUGGAAAAGAGCGUGGGGCCGGGGAAGACCACAGUUCAGCCCCAGCAUCCAGGUACAUCUUCUGAGAGCUUUCCCUGGGAAUGCUUUAAUGAGCAGACAGCUAAAGACCUUUGCAACAGGGAUGGAGGCCCAUGGGUCCUGGCUUAUAGAACAGGACCAGCCUGUCCAUUUCUGCUCCAUGAUGAAAGAGAGAAGACAAACAGAAGUCAGUUGUACUUGGAACUCCAUCCUGACCAGAGCCCUACUGAGCAGGACGAUAGAACUCCUGGCAGACUCCAAGCUGUCUGGCCACCCCCAAAGACAAAAGACACAGAAGAAAAAGUGGGAUUGAAGUACACUGAAGCAGAAUAUCAAGCUGCUAUUUUACACUUGAAGAGGGAGCACAAAGAAGAAAUUGAAAACCUGCAGGCCCAGUUUGAACUUCAGGCAUUUCAUAUCCGGGGAGAGCAUGCAGUGAUAACAGCGAGACUAGAAGAAACCAUUGACAAUCUCAAACACGAAUUAGAGCACCGAUGGCGAGGAGGAUGUGAAGAGAUGAGGGAUGCGUGCAUCUCUACUGAUGAUGGCUGCCCUCCUAAGACGUACAGAAAUGUAUACAUUCAAACAGACAGAGAAACCUUCCUCAAACCCUGUGAAAAUGAAAACAAGACAACUAGAAGUAACCACAUAGUACCCAAGAAAUUGAACAUCUCCUCUUUAAGCCAGCUUUCUCCCCCGAAUGACAACAAAGACAUCCACACAUCACUUUCAUCUGUGGAAGGCAUCUUAUCAAAUCAACAAAAGGCACCACCUCCCCCUCCUGCACCACCGUUACCAUCCUCUAUUCCUCUACCUCCUCCUCCUCCUCCACUCCCACCCGAACUUGGACUUCCAAUGCAACCUGUGAGUGCUGGGCCACCACCGCCACCACCCCCUCCUCCACCUCCUCCACCACCCCCUCUACCUGCAAGUGCUGGACCACCCCCACCUCCUCCUCCACCGCCGCUUCCUAACACCCCCACUGCGCCCCACACAGGGGGACCUCCUCCUGCUCCAACACCUCCAGGUCUUGCACCCCCACCUCCUCCUGGACUCUUCUUUGGACUAAGUUCUUCUUCUAACCAGUGUCCUCGAAAACCAGCUAUUGAACCUACGUGUCCCAUGAAGCCUUUGUACUGGACUAGAAUACAAAUAAGUGAUAAAAGCCAAAAUGCUACACCAACCUUAUGGGAUUCCUUAGAAGAACCUGAUAUUCGAGACACUAGUGAAUUUGAGUAUUUGUUCUCCAAAGACACAACUCAGCAGAAGAAAAAACCUCUGUCAGAGACCUAUGAGAAAAAAAACAAGGUCAAAAAGAUCAUCAAGUUAUUGGAUGGAAAACGAUCUCAAACUGUAGGAAUCUUGAUAUCUAGUUUACAUUUAGAAAUGAAGGAUAUCCAGCAAGCCAUUUUCAAUGUGGAUGACUCAGUGGUUGACCUGGAGACGCUGGCGGCCUUGUAUGAAAACAGAGCCCAAGAGGAUGAACUGGUUAAAAUAAGAAAAUAUUAUGAGACAUCCAAAGAAGAAGAAUUGAAGCUUCUGGAUAAACCUGAGCAGUUUUUACAUGAGUUAGCCCAGAUUCCAAAUUUCGCUGAACGUGCCCAGUGCAUAAUCUUCAGAUCUGUCUUUUCUGAGGGGAUCACCUCCUUGCACCGAAAGGUAGAGAUCAUCACACGAGCUUCUAAGGGCCUGCUGCAAAUGAAGAGUGUGAAGGAUAUUUUAGCUCUCAUUCUGGCUUUUGGAAAUUAUAUGAACGGAGGAAAUAGGACUCGAGGACAAGCAGAUGGAUAUAGCUUAGAAAUUCUGCCGAAACUCAAGGACGUCAAAAGUCGGGAUAAUGGGAUUAAUCUGGUGGACUAUGUUGUGAAGUAUUACCUGCGUUACUAUGAUCAGGAAGCUGGAACAGAGAAGAGUGUUUUCCCCCUGCCUGAACCACAAGAUUUCUUUUUGGCCUCUCAAGUCAAGUUUGAAGACCUCAUAAAAGAUUUGAGAAAACUGAAGAGGCAACUAGAAGCAAGUGAGAAACAGAUGAUGGUGGUGUGCAAGGAGUCCCCAAAGGAGUAUCUGCAGCCUUUCAAGGACAAACUAGAGGAAUUCUUUCAGAAAGCAAAAAAGGAGCACAAAAUGGAAGAAAGUCACUUGGAAAAUGCACAGAAGAGUUUUGAAACAACAGUGGGAUAUUUUGGGAUGAAGCCAAAGUCUGGUGAGAAGGAGAUCACACCCAGCUAUGUGUUUAUGGUGUGGUAUGAGUUCUGCAGCGACUUCAAGAUGAUUUGGAAACGGGAGAGUAAGAACAUAUCUAAAGAAAGACUGAAAAUGGCUCAGGAAUCAGUCAGCAAGUUGACAUCAGAGAAGAAAGUGGAGACAAAGAGAAUCAAUCCCACUGCUAGUCUGAAAGAAAGACUGCGACAGAAGGAAGCCAGCGUGACCACCAACUGAGAUGGAGACACAUGAAAACAGUGACAGCAGAGAUGUCGUACCUUGCAUGCUCCUUUGUGACACUGGUGCUGCAGGAUGUUCUUGAAAGAUAUGUCAUGAAAAUAUUUGUUUUGCUCAUCACUUUCUGAGGUCAUCUGCAAAGAGUACCCUGUGCCUUCUUUAAGAAUUUCCCUAUUAAGCCACAGGAACAAUACAUAACUGUUAAAGGCAAUGUUAUAAGACUAUUCAAUAAUUGCUUUUGUGAAAGUUCAGACUACUUCAUUAUACGACCAGAAGAACUACCAAGAUUUUCCAAUUUUUUUUUUUAAGCUGAGAUUUCAAGCUUGAUAUCUAUAAUCUUGUCAUAGACAAAGAGAAGGACCUUUUUAUGACAGUUGCCUUGGGAGAGUUCAGACAUUGGUCUUUACAUGCUGUUGUUUUGAUUGUUGGUCUUAUUUUUUAUCUUGUUUCAGCAAAAUCCUACAGAAUAUUUCUCACUAAAAAUGUUAAAACUUACCAAAACUAUUUUUUUAAAGUCCAAGACUGUAGGAGAAUGAUUUCACUGUUUUCCAUAUAAUAGAAAGGAGAGAGAAUGGAAUUGUGUGUGAGUGAUAAAUAGCCACAGACUUCAUGGAAAACAAAUUAUGAUGCAGGCAGUUGACAUCAGCUAUUCAGUGAAGCCCCCCCUUUUUUUUUUUAAUCAGUUUAUUGUGAUUUCCUUGACUGGCAGAGGUUCUGCACCCCAAAUCCUAGAAGAAACUCUGAUAUCUGUUCAAAGUCAGCACCUGCUUAGACAAACUACCUAGUGUCAGAGCACCUUUCAUGUUUCCCACUGUUUAUGAGUGAACAAUGCUGUGUGCACAGACAAGGUGAGUUCUCCGUCACAUUCUGUGACCGUGUGGCUGGAUCUCUCCCACUACUCCCAGGAGGCGGUUUCCAGACAGAAGAGUAAAUGCUACUUACAGCCUUUUAUCAUGGCCUUGGCACAUGGAGUCUGGUAAAUCAGGAGUCUUUGAAGUAGAAAAACGUAAGGACAGAAGAACAGUUCUUUACAUCAAAAUGAAAAGAAGGUGAUCACAUCAGUAUUAAACUUUGAGUGAGAAACACAUCAGAAGCCUGAGUCACAGAGGGAAAUCACCUUUUAUUUUCCUUACGGCCCCCUACUCUUUGACUCUAUCAUGUGACGGGAGAAGAACUGGGUGAACUGAGAAAAGGAUCAAAGACUAUCAUUCUUAUGCUUUGAAGGGAGAACCAAGCUUUCUCCUCCAAUUGUUGGAAGACUGUCUAGAGAUGAGCGAGACUCUCAUUUCCUUCCUAAUCCAGCUGCCCCAUGGAGCCUGCUCCUAGUUCCAGUAUCUUCCCAGAACUUUUGAACUUGCCAGGUGCCUGAAAGUCUUUUCGAAAUAUGCCUGCCAAUCAUCAGCUCCCUCAGGGACAGUCCUAUAACCAAUUCAGCCAAUGCGUAUCCUAAUAUAAUACCAACCUCGGGAAUCAAGAAUGCACAGUCAAGAUCAAAUCAAGACACUGAAGCCAUAUUCUUGCAGGUGCUAAUCAUUCUUUUUGAUAGUUCAAAAGGAAGGAAUAUGGUAACUCUAUCAUUACUACUACUACUACUAUUAUUAUUAUUAUUUUAAAGUGAAGAAAUGAGACAAGCAAAAUAGAAAAGCUGUUAAGGAACUUCCAUGAUUAAAAUGACUUGAAUUUGCUUGUGAGCAAGAAGCUUUCCAUACUGCUUUCUUAUGUGAGUUCUCUUAUUUUCACUUGACUGUGAAGAAAAACAAGAGAAUUCACCAGUUUAAAAUAAAUUCCUCUUAUAGCCAUCCUCUGCUUCAUGACGUUCCAUCUAGUCUCAUUGUAUAGAAGAAAAGUGCCAGUUUUCCACAUGCCUUGGAACUCAACCUGAAGGAAUCUGAAGGCCUUUAAAAUGAUCCCUCUGAGAUGCAGCUGAGAUUGUGUUAAAUGUGACAGAUGUGUCCAAACAUCUUUAAUGGAGAAAAGGUGGUUGGGUUAUUGCCUAGCAGCUUGAGCACUUGAAGCAAAUAGGGUUAUGUGGCUUUUCUAGGCACAGCCUCCCCUGAAUUAGACAGGAGAAUGGACAAGAUUGCUACACCGCGUUAACUAGACACAUAAAUGUGACUCACUAGUCAGAUUCUAGGGAGGCUUAACUUACAAAUAGCUUUGUCCCUUUGUAGGCAAGAUUCAUGAAGUCUAAAGGCACAGUCUGACAGCAGUUCAGAUCCUUGCAUGAGUAAUUGACAACAGUCACUAAGCAUGCAAGUAUAUUCCAUAUUACCCUAAAGCAUUAUGUUGGCAUUUUAGGUGAAAGGCAUUAAACCUGUGAAGCAUCAACAAUCAGAUUAGGAGAUAUGAUGUUUGUUUUUUUAACCCAAGAAGAGACAACUUGCUGGAAAAAUUAGUGUGGCUGAGAAAAUGGUGGACAUGAUGGUAGUGGAGGCUGGGGUCAUAAGAGAUGGCCGUUACCCAGCAGUUGCUUUUUCAUUCUUUAUAUUGAUUAUCCAUGAUGUCUUUUCACACAUUCAUUGUAACUACUUUGGAAUUAUGGAGAAAUAAUUUAUAAAAUCAGAGGUAAAGUAAGGAAAUCCAGUGGUGCUGUUACAUGUUUAAAUGUUCUAGCUAAAGCAAAUUGCUGGCAUGGUUGUGGAAUUGGAUAUCAGUUUGAGUGUUGGCCUCACCUACCCUAGUAAACUCAGUAGAAGCUAUGUAUCUGCUGCGUCUCCUCUAGAACCCUUCUUUUUCAUAAGUAACAUAAGGCCUUUCCCAGAUGGAAAGCUCAUAUAGUCCUGCUGGAAAAACUGAAGGAAAAAAUACAGCAUGUUGGUGGCAUUAUACACCUCCAGCAAAAUUAAAAAGUCAUUAGUAUGGUUUUUCCAAGGACCAUAAUCGGAUAUAGCAGAAGAGAUGUAAGUGUUUUUUUGGUAAAAAUUUCUCUGUUGGCCUGAUUGUAGUCUCUCUAAGAUGCUGCUGCCUACAAAAGGGAAGUUGUCAUUUUAAUUAUAUUUUUGUUUUCUGAAAGUUCUGUUCUUAUUUUCAUUUCUACUUUGUCCUUGCCUAGCAUUAUUGAUACAGGAUAUAGUAUCCAGCAGGACCACAAACUGUGACUCAUCAGUGUAUUAAAGGGAAGAAGCAGUGCAGACCUGUAGGCUCUGUUUUCCAGUAAUCAGACUGUAACAUUAAUGAGGAACCCCUUUCUUAAUUCCCUGAUAUCCUAAAUUGGUCUAUUGUAUAGUGCUGGUGUCCACCCCACCUUAAACAACAACAAAGAUAAAAGUCAACUUGAGGCCUUAUUAGGUGAGAAAAGAGAAGAAAUUCAAAAACAUAGCCUUCUCCCCUUCUCCACAUAUCUGACCCAAAUGUCAAAUAUCUGAUUUUACUAAGUAGUUUGAAUUAUUUUUAAAAAACAGUAUCUUUUUGACUUGAGCUUUAUUUAUUUAUUUAUUUUUGAUCCUCACUGUUCUGAAUCAGAGCCUCCCCCCAAAAUAAAAAGGCCAAAAGGUAGAUGGCAGAUAAAAAGCUUCAGCAGAUUUUGUAAUCCACAAAUUAGCUUAUCAGUUUGUCAGCUCCUGAACCACAAACAAUAGACAUAUUGUGAAAUCUCAAUGUUUUAGAAAUUUGAAGCACAUAAAAAUUUAAACAACUAUGAUGGUUAAUGGUUAUGAAAAGAAUAAGAACAAACUACUGCCCACUUGAGAGUUCAGCCUCAAUAGGCAAUUUUUAGAUUAUGGCUUUGAAAAAGCCAAGGAUUAUCCUGAAUAGUAUUUUUUUGUUUGUUUGUUUGUUUGAAAACCUACGUGUAAGAAGUAAUGGUGUUAUGUAAUAGGAGCAAUGCUAGACCAUUAAAAUUUUCUUUUUCUGGCUUCUCAUAAGAAUGCACUUUAUAAAUAAUUAGAACAUCCAGAAGGCCACAAAUACUCCACAUCAUAUGUUAGCUAUUUUUACCUUCAGGGACCCUACAACUAAAAAGAGUCAAUUGAACAAAAAAAAUGAACUUUCAUGCAUGCCUGUCACUUUAUCCUUAUAAAGAAACCUGCCACAUAGGUAAAACAAAUCUAUGUGGCCAACCUGAAAGGAUUUCAAAAGAAGGAUUUCAAAAGAAAGGCAUUUUAAGCCUUUCCGAAAUACAAAUAACUUAUUGGAUACGUUUCCAUUUUCCAGCUAUAGAAACACAGUCAGGCUGCUUGGAAACUCUUAUUGGUGCAGAAUUAACUUAAAGGAAAGCACCUUCAAAAACCAGGCUCGGCAGAUCUUUCUCCUUUAGACUUACAUGGCAAUAUUCCUAAGGUCAUUAGCAGCGGAAUCCAGGCAUAACCAGGCUGUUACACAGCUUCAUGUGACUGUCAGAAGCCCAUUUUGUGACAUUUUUGCACAUCCGUCAGCUGUUGACACCUUGUUAGAAGCACUGAAUUUUAGUUUCACAAUUCUUCAUCUCCCUUCCCAAGAAGUGGGCAAUCUACCAAGUUCUCCCAGAUCAGUGCUUUGCUGAGAAGCAGUGAAUUUAAGAGAAUUUUAACAUGUCAAACUUGAAGCCAAUUCAGUAGCCUUAUUUGUUCCAAGACUCUUAACCAAUACUGUGAUAUAAACUUAGCAUUUUGGACAUUUGUGUAGUUAACAGCCUUCUUGAAAACGCAAAGGUAUUAAAAUGGCAACUAGCUAACUCGGGCUCUUAAACCACCCUGCAGUUUCUACCAACAAAGAGAUUAGGGAGGCAAAUCAAGCCUCACUCUGUAUGUCAGCUGAUCUCAAGUAAAAUUUACUGGAUUCAUUUUGCACUCUACCCACAGCCCUUCUCCUAACUACCCUGGUGAUUACCAGUGCCAUUGAGGAUCUUUUCUCUCUCUCCUCUGAUAUGGUGGUUCCCUUUAGUCAAUAGCUCGCAUGAACUCCAGACUUCAGUGUGUAUCACAUCUAUGAAGUACUUAAUCUGGGGAAGAAUAACUUAAUCUCAAUUUUCCAUAUGAAAGUGAUAGAUAAAAAGCCAUUAGUCUAUUCCUCUGCAUAUUAUGUAUACUCAUAUACUUUUCUAUUUUUUAAGCUUUUCUUAAAUUGGGGAUUCUCAAAAUCCCCAAUCUGUUUCCUUUUCUGAAGGCUGAUCCAAUUACUUCUGUUGGCUAUUUUUUUGGUUCUUUGUAUGAAACUUGAUAACAUUAGGCUAGCAAAAUUGAAAAAAGUCCACAGUUUCAGUAGAAAUUCACAACCAAAGAAUAUGUCAUGGAAUAAGCAACCUUCUAGCAUACUUGAACUGUCACAUACACUGAAUAUGUCACCAAAUUUUACCUGUACAGACACUGAGACAUUAUGAAACUCUUCAAAAGAAUAAAUAUUCCUCCCCAUCUAUAGUGUAAGCUGCCAAUGCAUUAUCUUAUACUUAGCGUAUCGAGCGAAUCAUGUGUUUUCGGGCAUGCAGCAGCAAUGCUUCAUCAGCAUCUUUGGCAAAGUCGUACCUAUUUUCCUUCAUCAUUCUCUUCCAGAGCUUCCUUACACUUACAUCUCAUGAAGCAAAUGUAUUUUUGACUCUUCAAGUGAGUUAGCUUUCCAGGUCCACCUUUCCAAAAUGAGAGAUUAAUCCCAUAGACCACUGAGCACAUAGGGACAUUCCUCUGUAUCUCCCCAUGCUAUGGACAAUAUAUGUUUAGAAAUGAGAUGAACAACUCUUUGGUAACUCUUGGGAUAGAAUUUUGAAUUCCAUUUUCUUUCUAUGAGGUUUAUAAAAGGGAGUACAUAGCACACAAAAAUUGUAAUGCUCUUCCCAAGAAGAAAUUUGAAGGACAUUCAGAAUUUACAUUUUAGGUAUGUUUGAAUAAAGUAUAAAUAGCUCCUUUUUGUUCUUCUUUACAACUUGUCUGUAAAUAUAAUCUUAUUUCCAUCAUGUAUCAGAUCACCAAGGCAUAAAGAAGGUAGUCUUAGCUCCACUGAGGCAUUCAUUUCCAUUGGAAACAAAUCCAUGUAUGGGAAGGAAAGUCUAGUAACAAUCCUCCUGUUUUCCUGCAGUGACACAAAUAGGAUUUGGGGGUCUACUAAAACAUCUGUCUAUCCCAAAAUUGUCAGUUUUAUAGUAAUGCAAUUCUACAAUUCCCAAGACACAAAUAAUGCAACCCCACUGCCACCUGUGUAUAGACUCUUUAAAAGGUAUAUGUGUUAAGAGAAAAGAACUUUCCUUUAAAGAGAUAAUCUAAGAUACUCUUAAAAAGACAAAACAUUUAAAAUUAGAAGUUGGAUCAUUUUUAAGAAUCUUUAGAGAAAACAUGUCAUUGAUUCAUCAUAGUCUUUUCCUUUUGUUGAGUUUUAAUUUAGACUAGCGUGGGAAGCAGGUUGUUCUUGGAUUUUGGUUUAGGGAAUCAUGCUUUGGCCUGGAAAAUAAGCACUAGCCUGCAUGCCCAGAACCUAAGUGAGAUCAUUCAGCAUCCUAAUAUGAAUCAGACCUAACAGAAAUGUAAAUUACUUCAAGUGCUGCAGUGUUUCAUUUUCUUAAUGAUACUCUGAACCUUGGAUGCUGCUUCCUAAAAUGCAUUUGAUCCAUGUGGUCAUUUGUCUUCAUUCAGCCUUGUGAGCUUGCAAGCAAUGAAAUGAAAGAAAAGCAGGAGACAAGAGAGAAGGAAAAUUUGAACAAGGCCAGUGCAAUGUUUUGCUGAGAUAAUGCAUCAUUAGGGAGCUGGUAAUCUUUGCCAUGGUUAUAUCAUGUGCAGCUUUUCGAUGGAAAUUCCAGAAAUCCAUAUUAGAUAAACGGGAGUGCCCAGUAUCUUGUAUUGUUACUGUGAGACCAUGUGCUGGAAAAGCAGGUACCCCUAUGAAACUGGCCUGCAAUUGGUUUAAAAGUUCCUUCAAUUUCAGAACAUUUCUAUGAGAUUACUUGUCCAUGGACCUUCACGUUUUCUCUUAGCUUAUCCUAAAGUGAUUCCGGCACCUAACCUCAUUUUACUUCUCUUUUCUCAGUACAUCUGCUUCAGCCUCCCUUUCCUUCACAUCCCACAGCUAAGUUUUCCUUACUUUGCCUUUACAGUUUCUCCUGGACUCAGCUUUUCUCACCUCUCUGCAUCAUAGGCACCCGACUGUCUCCCUCAGACCUUACUCCAUCCUCUCACACCCUGUGUGCCAUUUCUGGGCCUUUGGACAGGGAACUCCACUGUCACCAAGAAGCCCACGUGAGACAUGCUGGUGUGACUGCCUCUUGUUAAUGUCAGCAUCACCUCAUCACUUAGGCAAAGGGGAAAAUCCAUAAAAGUGAUGGAAAAUGCAUUUCUUUUUCAUUUUAUUCUACUUUAUUUUAAGGAAGUGGGAGGGCUUUGGGGAAGAGUUGUUCUAAUCCUUCUCAGUUUCUCCUACGUUUUAUUUUAAAACUAUCCAAUGGGUGGCCAUUCUUUUGAUCAAGUUGUAAAUCAGAUGAGAUCAUCAGCUAUGAUGCAUAAGACUAAAUUUUUUUUUAUCUCAAGUAACUUUCUGUGCUGCUGGACAAACUGACUGAAUUCAAACAUUUUGAAUCAUAAGGCUUUUUUAUUGUCUCUGCAUUCUUACUACUACACUUAGUUCAAAGAUAUACCCCUAAUCUGAGUCAGGAUAUUCAUACUUUGUGGUUAUUUUCAGAUUAAUAGUAACAGUUACACUUUUGAAUGCAUAUACAGAAAGUAUAAGUGUGUACUGAAUAGUCAACUAUGUGACCUGGUAAAAGGUUGGCUUUUCUGUUUAAUUAACUAUUAGGCCAAUCUUUAGAUUUCAUCUUAAAGGCUUUUAAGCAAUAACGAAGACACUGGGGAAAAGAGAAGGCACUUUAAAGACAUGAAACCUUACACUACAUGCUCUUGGACAUUUCUAAAUAUAAUAAGCUAAUUGGAUUCAGGUAUUUUUCCCUUUACACUUUUAAAAAUAUGUAUUUCUAAUUUGCAUAUUUAAUUUUGUCAAAGCUGGGAAACGCUAAUGAGUUGAAUGUGUAAAUGUCAUUUGCAACUAAAUGAAGUAUUUAUUUUUAAAAAGAAAGGGUGAAGAAACCAAUAUUGAUUUGUACAUAAUGAAAAUGUGUGUGUGUGUGUGUGUGUGUGUGUGUGUGUGUGUGUUUUCCUCCUUGACACUACUUGAUCACCAUAUCAAGUAUAUUUUUGUAUAUAAUAUAUAUUGGUCAGUAAAAUGUAGAUUGUCUAUUCAAAGAAUUCUAUCUCUGAUAGAUUAUAUUUAUCCUAAUCUGUUGAUACCUCUGUUAAUUUGUUUUAAGAGAUAGAACUAUAUUUUUUGGAAUUUGCAGAGAAUUGCGUUCAUGGCUCCCAAUUGUAAAUAUGC